ACUCCUGCGGGAGGGCAUGUGAAUCGUGGAGCUCCCAGCUCUUCUGCUCCUGUUUCCACCAGCUCCCUCCCUGAGGGGCUCAGCAGGCCAUGAUACAAGCUGAAGCAGAAGGGUGACAACAAAUAUAACGAGAUCUUGGAGGCAUCUGAGGUUUAAUGAGGACUUUCCAGCAUUCCAGACCGCUGCCCUGCAAUGAAGCUCUGAGUCACGGUCCUUGAGUCUAAGGAGUUGGCAACAGUGUGGAACCCCAGGACAGCCAACCUGACAAACCUUCACUCCGAGCAGAAUCCCAAAAUGAUUCUGGCCUGAAAUCAGAGCAAGCCUACAGAAAAACUUGCUCCUUAAUGGAAACAGGAAAGGAGAGAAGGGUUUGCAACAAAUUGCAACAGAGUUUCCACCAUUCCAAAGAGCCCACCUUCCUUAUCAAACAGGCCAUUCUACGUGAUGACUCCCGUUCUAGCCUUUUGCCGGACACAGAGCAUGUUAGUCUUGCUAGAAAAAUAAGGAUAGGACCUCAGAAAACGAGACCCGGAACGGUGAUGCUCUCAAAACAGUCCAGUAGGAGAAUUAUGUCAGGAAGUCAGCCCAGCCCCCCCGUGAUCCCCUCCCGCAGGCCUGGAUUCCGGGUGUGCUAUAUCUGUGGCCGAGAAUUUGGGUCCCAGUCAAUUGCCAUUCAUGAACCCCAGUGCUUGGAGAAGUGGCGGGUUGAAAACAGCAAGUUGCCCAAGCGCCUGAGGAGGCCAGAACCCUCCAAGCCACAGCCUCUCGGGGGCAGUGGGUCCUCCAAUCUGCAGGCAGUGAACGAGGCAGCGCUCCAGAGUUCCCGGUCUCAGCUGCUGCCCUGCGAUGCCUGUGGCCGCACGUUCUUACCAGAUCGGCUACCUGUUCACCAGAGAAGCUGCAAGCCCAAGGGCGAAGGGCCCAGAGCACCAACCCCCAACAGUUCUGACGGUUGUACUGGUCCCAGGAAGGCUGCUGGGGGCAUCCCAGCCCGACCAAAGACUCUCAUCUGCUACAUUUGUGGUAGGGAGUUUGGCACUCUGUCCCUUCCCAUUCAUGAGCCCAAAUGCCUGGAAAAGUGGAAAAUAGAAAAUGACCGGCUCCCCAGGGAGCUCCGCCGACCACUCCCACAGAGGCCUCAGCCACUUCCCACUGGACAGUCCAACCAAGAGGGGCCAAGUCAACCUCAGCAGGAGCCCUGUCCAAACUGCGGCCGGACCUUUGCCCCAGACCGCCUUCUGGUACACCAGAGAAGCUGUAAAGCUCAACCUCGUGGGCCAAAAAUUCAGAAUUUGACCUUAGGGAGUAAAGGUGACCUAAAAGAGUCCACUAAUUCCAAGCAGCAAAGGAACAUGGCAGCACCCAUGGUGACUGAUAAGCCAACAAUGAUAAGGCGUCCACCAACAGUUAUCUGCUACAUUUGUGGUCGUGAAUAUGGAACAAAAUCUAUUGCCAUCCAUGAACCACAAUGUCUGAAAAAGUGGCAUAAUGAAAACAACUUGUUACCUAAAGAGUUAAGGAGAUCAGAACCUAAAAAACCAGAAGUCAGGACCAUUACAGGCUUCUAUGAUCUCGAUGCCUUAAAUGAAGCUGCUUGGACCAGCGCCCUGAGCCAGCUGGUUCCCUGUAAUAUUUGUGGGCGUACCUUCCUGCCAGACAGACUGAUUGUUCACCAACGAUCCUGUAAACCAAAAGCCGCCAAGUAAAGCCCUCUCCCAGCACAAGUGUCACAGGACUAAGAUCCUUUUGAGAGAGAUUGGGGUAAUGGAGGGAAGGAGGAAGAGGCGGUAAGGAGAGGAAACAAGAAACCCUGGAAAGCGCUCAAGGUUGUCUAGCGCGGGAAGCCAGCUCAGGGGUCCGCUGGCACGAGCCUGGCCAUGACCGUGACGUGGUAGGCCGACGCUCUGCCUACCCCCCCACCCCCCCCCCCGACCCCGAACAGCUGUGCGCAUGUGCGCAGACACACGGGUAGGGGGCGGAGCGUCACACUCCGUCGGGCAGAAUUACAAGUGGGUUGCACCUCCUCAGGGCUGGCAUUUUUGUCUCCAGGAAAUUUCAGAGCCAACAGUUGCUGUUUUUCUUCCUUUCUCUUUUCCUGAGCAAGAUUUUUGGAAUUUCACAAUUAGGCCUAUUAUUAUUAUGGGAACAAGAGGGUUCAGGUGGCAAUUUCAGGCAACUCCUUAGUCUCAAGAAAAACCGGAUCCCUCCCCAUCCCUGUGCUCUCUGAAAUAACGUGCCACCCAGGGAAACGCUUUUGAUUGAGCUAUUGAUUGGAAAUCUUCUUUUCUCUACAAAAUUAUUGCACAGCAAAGACUUUCAAAAAAGAGAUAAGGAGUUAAAGUGCUAGAACUGUGCCUAACUCCUACUCUCUUACCAGGAGUGGGAAAUUCUACAGAGAAAUUUCAGAACUGGUGCCAGCCUCAUAUGUCAGAAGAGUUCUACAGUGCGAUUCAUCACAUGGGUGGAGGUUAGCUCUUUCCUUCUAUAGGAGAAGUCCAGAGAGUUCUCCAGGGUCUCCAAGGGGCUGAUAGGUGUUUUAUUGUUGAGAUCUAAAAGCCUGCCAGGAAGUCCUGUGCCUCCCCACCCAUUGCCCAGGCAAUGGCUUGUGAAACUGCCCUGUAUUUUAGACCUUGAAUGUGCAUUCAUAGAGGCGAGGCUCUCCUGGGAGGAGGCCAGGGUCAGGGAGGGGCUCUGCCCAGGAAAUUCUGCUCCCCCGGACAGCGCUGCUUUGCCCAGACUCCCGGCAGUUUUGCUUGGGAUCUUUGUUCAUUUUAUGGCUGAAGUUCAGAGCCAUCCUGGAUCCACUGGGUUGCUGCAGACCUUGAAUUCAUGACCUAACAGCACAGUCAGCUCCAAAUUAUACAAGCAGAUGUAUUGGACCUAAUAUUUUAGUCCCACAUCACUGUAUUAUGAGAGGUUAGUUAAGAUAGUUGCACUAAUCAUCGUUGUUGGUUUUUUUGUCUGUUCCAAAGGAAGAAGAGAUUAACUUUAAAAUAGUCUUUAGCUACCCUCAAAGAACAUUAUCCCCUUGAGAAAGGCAUAACAUCUCAUACCGUUGAUGGUUUAGUUUUUUCAUUUUGCUAGCAAAGAUGACAACAUCUAAUACUCAAGUUAGAGUAAUGGGUCAGACUGUGCUUAGAGCUCUCUAGCCUGCCGUGUGUAUAAAUCUCCCAUCAGCCUACAAGGAGAGGUUAUCUUUAUUUUACAUCUGAAGAGACUGAUAUUUAAAUAGGUAACAAGCUAACUCGAGGUCACACUGAGCUUGAGUCGAGGGACGGACUAGGGAAGCAAACUCGUGACUCGGAAUCCCAAACCACCACUCGUACCCAGUGCUAUCUGUAUGCUACAAACAGAUCUCAUCUCAUCAUGAACUCAAUGAACUAUGCAAACAAAAGAUCUGCCGAAUGUGAUUUUUUUUUUUUUUUUAUCCAGUGUUUAUAACUAAGGCAAAUGGGAAUCUCAGUAUGCUUCUAGUUUGCCUGCCGGUCAGGGUUUCUCUUACACUGAGGAGGUGAAAACCCAAGUUUGAACGGCGCUGUCUUUCAAAAGCCACUCUGCCUUCUGCUGAUACUCAGCAGUCCAGCGAGGAAACACAGCAAAAAUGCCGGCCUCCACUUUGAAAUGGGUUGCCACUUGGGGCCCUAACAAGACAUUCUGAUACCCGUUCCUUGCAAAGCAUGACCAAAAAAAUCCAAACCAACUACUCUGUAGACAUUAUUAGGUCUGUGAGUUCUGGAAGUGGGCAACGACUGGCUCUUGCAGGAAUUGUCACUUCCACAGGGAGUCAUGAGUCGCCUGGACAUGCACCUGGACACAGGGGGAGACUCCCCCCGCCAACAGUUCCCCCUCAGCUGGCCUGCAAGUGUUCCGUGGAAUUACACCCAGAGCAAGCUCAGGAGGAACGACCUCAGUCUAAGAGUUCCUGUCUCUUAGCAAAGGCAAGUCGUCAGAACCUCCACAUGGACAGGAGGGAGCUCGACGGUUCUCUGCCAACGGCCCUCCUUCCAAUUAACUCACUUCUGUGCCGGUAUUUGUACCGCAAAAAGAAAAUAAUUUCUUGAACAGUAGUCGGAACCUCCGUGAGCUGUGAAUUCGAACCUUGCUGUGGUCCCCGUAGAUAAUCUCCUGGAUGAUGAGGAGCAGACACUAGAUGAAGGUAAACUCUCUUCUUGACAUCCCACUGGGGUCGAACUGGAAUGGUUUAAAUUUUAGCUCCUAAUUUUUGGGGCAAAAGAGGAAGACGGAAUGGCAGAGAUUGCUGUUGAGAGCAUAGGAUUCCACGGUACGUCUGAUAACGCCCUUCAGCUGUAUUUAUGGGAACAUGAGAUCAAGCCAGCAAUGGAUAUCAGCUUCAACUUCAGAUGUGAUUAAAAAAAAAAAAAAAAGUGAAACCUGACCUAGGCAUUAUGGAGCCAGGUCCUAUCACUGAAACACAUUGAUCACUUACAGGCCAAGGGUUUUAAGGUGACUCUUAGUUGAGAGUGUGCUAGGCAAAACAACAGCCCCCCAACAUUGUGGAUGCCCAGUCCCCAAACCUUCUGAAAAUGUUACCUUACAGGGUACAAGAGACUUCGAAGAUGGGAUUAAGGUUGUAGACCUUGGGGGGGGGGAGAUGAUCUCACAUUAUCUGGGGGAGCCCCAAUCUGAACUGCAUGAGUCCUGAAAAGUGGAAUAAGAAGGGAAAGGGGGGUAGUCAGAGAGACGGCAGCAUAAGAAGGAUCUAUCACCCUGUUGCCAGCGGAGAUGGAGGCAACUCUGUGUAAGGACCAGAGAGAUGCCUGCAGGGGCUAUGCGUGGCCCCAACUGACAGCCAGCAAGGAAACUGGAACUUCCGUCCUCUAACCACACGUGCCUGGACUUUGCCACUGACCUCAAUGAGCAGGGAAACGGAUUCUCCCCUGGAGCCUCCAGGAAGAAACGCCGCCCUGCCCACCAUUCAUUUUUAUCUGGUGAAUCCAGGGUUGAACUCCUGACCUACAGAGCUGUAAGAAAAUAAAUGUGCAUUGC